CUCACCGGAGACAUCAAGAUCUCAGCAGCGGUUCACAGCGCGCGUCACGCGUCGCAAAGUUUAGAGCUCGUUCGAUUAAGCUUCAACUUUAAUUUACUACGCGCGUUUUUGUUUGUUUACAUACUCGGCUAUGCUUCCAGACCUCCGCGCUGCAGGCAGCAAUCAAUAUCCUUGUUUCGCGUUACUGUUCUUCGCUCUAGAUUUGCACAUAUUCACAUCACCAGAAAGCCUUGUUUUUUUCUAGUGGCUGGGUCGGUGGUCAUUCAACACACAAGCGAUGCAAGCUCCUAUAAAGCUCUCUGCAGCGCCAGAGCCGAACGACGACAUAGAUAUCUGGCAUCAAUCCCCCAGCGAAUGGCGGCGGUCUCAGAGUCUUGAGCAGCGGAUGGCGCGUGCAAAGGGUGUUUCUGAUGUCAAACAGUCGAGACGACGGCAUUCAAUGCCGGUUCCAGUACGUGCAGCAACGUCGCGAUCAACGGCGGCGGCCGGCGCUGGUGCUGUUAAACGGCGUCAAGAGAGCGUCGCGGAGCUGAGACCGAGGAAGAGGCAGAGACAUUCGAUAGCUACGAGCACUGUCUUGCAGAACAGUAUAGACAUGCACAGUUUAUUCCCGCCGAUCGGCACAUGUGCAAAGUCGGCUUCGAGCGACAAGUCCGUGAAGACGGUGGAGAGCAUCGAGGAUUUUCAGCCGGUGCAGCAGACGAGGCGGUUUGGUGCUGAUCUCACAAAUAUACCGAGUAGCCCGCCUGUGCAGAGGAAGACGGAGACGGCAAAGAUAGACGGAGUGCUGGGAUAUACCUCAUCUUCACGGCUGCCACUACAGACAAAUGUCGGCGGUAGAGGCGCGUCAGCUAGAAGCGCGCAAAGAAGCAGCAGAAGUAACAUCGCAUCUAAAGAGGACUCGGAGAUAGAUUUACGCAAGAAGAUAGACGAAUUCCUGGGAGCGGUGAUGGCAAGCGAACUCAACGCACUAACGCGCAACAGCACGACGAUGGUCCGCGUGCUCGUGAACGACGACACACCCGAGGACGUGAAGGAGCAGUGCCGGGACUACCUCAAAAGACAGGACCAGAUGCGCAAGGUAGUCGAGAGCUCGAUCGACCGGUUCGGGGUGCAGAUCGCGGCGAUGAAGGAGAUGCUGGCGUCGUGCGUUACGUUCUCAAAUAGCCUGGCGCCGACGCUGACGCAGUACCUGCCGCGUGCGGACGCGCAAUCUCGUGCAGACGCGGAUGGCAAAGCAAGGCGAUAGAUUCAUUGUAUUCAUAUUCAUUAGUUUUGGGAGCUAAAAGAAGCAAAGGUCUUGGGAUGGCGAAAACAAUUACUGCGAGUCUUUUAAUAAUACUUAUACUAAUAUCACCACAACACAACGCGUUCAGAGCCUCUUCCGCAGCUCGAAUCCCUGACAUUCAACAACGCGCAUCAUCCCGCACUGUUGCUGUUCCUCACCCACAUGGGCUUCUUUCGCCUCCGAGGCGAGGCCGAGAAGCCGCUUCCAUGCACUGCGUACUUUGAUCCCCCACGUCG